UGUUAUUUUUCGCAGGUGCCCUUUGUGCCUGAAAGUUUUGAUUACUUAUCCUUGCGUUGCGUUGGGAUCAUGUUCUUGUUGCUAACCAGUGGAUAUAGGCCACAAAAUUAAUUGAUCACUCGGAAUCGCUGCUGUUUGAACCACAACUUUCCGUUUUCAACCAACAUGUGCUUUCUUGUAAUUUCAUUAAACGCUUGCGAAUAGCCAGUACGAAGUAUGUAGUUCUGGGCCCACACGCUAAGGAAGAAAAGCCGCUUCAAAUGUAUGGAAACUAAACAAAAUGUGUAACAACAAGAAGUGUUCCGGAAUCUAAGAGGUGAUCACGUAUUUGAUGGGGCUUUCGAGAGAUAACCAGGAAGGCACACAGUGGUUACUCAACCUUCAAGUACUUAGAUUGUUGUGGGAAAAUCUGAAAGAAUAACAUUACAAUACGGAUUGUGAGCCGCAAAGUCAGUUCAUUGCAAGAUAAGAGUCGGUAGCCCAAAGCAGUGAAUAGAUGCUGACGCACAUUUUGUUGCACCAAGGGAGUAAGAGUAAUAAUGGAGGAUGAAACUACGGCUCGCCUUGAGCAGAACGCUCUGACUGAACUCCUCAGAGCAUCAAAAGCUCCCAAAACUUGCGUUUGUUCCAGCAAAGUAUCUAGAUGUCAAGCAGUUUGUGGAUGGGGACCGAAAGUUGUAUGCAACCCAUAUGUUCGUGUAAAGGGAAAGAAAACAGAGUCGAAGAAGCAAAUGACCAGGUUGAGGAAUCUGGGUACACGAUGUGCAAAAACUGAUGCUGCUGUACAGGAAUAUUUUCAUAAUUUCAAGAGCAGAAAACAACAUAUUGAGGAUUACAGAGCGAAGUUUUCAACCGUAGGACAGAACUGUGCUGGCGGCGUUAGGCUGCAAAAUGUUACCCCUGAUCUAGACCCGUAUUUGCCAAGAAAUGGGGAUCACAGAAACCUGUUCAAUCGGCUCAAACUCCUUCAGACAUUGUCAGACUUUUAUAAUGCUGGUGUUUCAUCAAGGGAUUUGAGGCGACAGGCCCAUCUGCCUCCAGUUCUUUCGUCAUACAAACAAAUAAAAAAGAGUAACAGUUUUCUACAUGCACAACUCGAUGCAGAGAGAAUGAUUAUCGGUGUUACAAAGGAAAUGCAAGAAUUUCAAAUCAAAGGUGAUGCUGAGGAUGACGUCUAUGGCAAGGAAAUAAGCAGCGCAGGUUGCAGCAGCUCUUCGCUUGCAAGAGAAUCGAGUCCAGAAUGGCCAAGUAUUGACCAGGCAGUACCUGACAGUGGGAAUAUGCAGCAAUUGUCUGCAAUAUUCAACCCAGUUGAGCAUGCAACUGUCUUCAAAGAUUAUCUUAAGGAUCUACGACGACCCUCGCAAAAGAUCAUAGAUGGCCUUCAUGGCAGUCUGAAAGAGGAACUCACUGUUUUACGACGUGGUAAUGACAAAGGGCGAAAGCACCAAUCUUUAUCUUUGGGAAGCGAUAGGUUUGCUGAUAUGAAGCAGAGACAAGCGAGAUCUGAUAAUCGUCUUACAGUUAAGGAUAAGUCUGUGAACAGCAUACCUAAUAUGAAAAACAGAAAAACACUUUAUAUAAGUAUAUUAGGCAGGAACCCUCUGACUAGAGAGUCUUUGAAUAAUACUUAACAAUUUUUAUGGGGAUUCUGUGCUUUU